UACAGUCUUGUUGAGCUUUGCUGACAUUCCCAACAAGCUCUGUUAGGGUUAGGACUGUGUGUGUGCUCAAGGAUUUGCUCAACAUAUUCUCACAUGCUCUAGUGCUGUUUUAAUUUGGCACAACUUCAGGAUAAAAACUAGUUUCGGGGGUUGAUUUUAGAGGAACAGAGAGAGAGAGAGUAGUGAUAUCAGUGGCUGCUGUAAUCACUUUUAUUUCUCCCAGUGUGUGCCUACAAGGACAGGACAACUACAAGCAGGACAGAGGCAAACAUGUCCAACGCUCUGUUGAGGAGGAACUCCAGUAAGCAGGGUUUGCAAAAUCUGAUAAGACUCACUGCUCAGAGGAGUAUUGAGGAUGCUGAAGAGGUGGAACGGGAACGUCGCCGAAAAGCUCGAGAAUCUUUACGCCGAAGGAACAGCAGCUCAAUACCCGAAGACUCAUCUCCAGAGAAUGAGGCACCAGAGGAGAGGAACAUAUAUGAAUUAAAACCCAGCAGUUUUCCAUCUCUUGAGGAAGAUGAGGGCUUUAGUGACUGGACUCAGCGCAAAGAGAAACAAAGACUGCAGCAUCUUCAGGAGCUGAGCCUCAACGGCAAAGAGGAGGAAGCUGAUGAAAAUGUCUUUAUAAAGAAUAAUGUAGUCAAAAAGCCUCCAGAGCCUUCCGUGCCUUACAAUCGAUUCCAAAGACGUCAGCAGGAGGAAAGUGACAUCAUCACAGCAAAGGUGGAGAGCAAGAAAGAACAAGAGGAAGAGGCCAAGAGAAGGAAAGAGAAGGAAGUUUUACCAAGAACAGUAAAGGAGAUUCAAAGGCCAAAUACAGAGGCAGUGGAAAAGAAAGAAGCUAGAGUGUCCUACACAUCGAAGGUUUUCCUUUGCCAAGAACCAAAACACAGGAGCCCCAGGAGUGUCACUACCAGUAAGGAAGUUACAUCAUCUGAGAACCAAAUGAACAGAUCCAGCAGAAAAACUGCAGAGUCAGAGGAAGCAAAGCCCUUCCUGGAAGCUGAGCAGCGACUGGAGAAAAUCCGUCAGAGCUUGCAAGAAAAGGAAAGUCAGGAGCUGGAGCAAAUAAGACACAGACAGAUAGAGGCCGAGCAGGAGCUGGAGGAGCUGAAGAAGAGGAGGGAGGAGAGGCGCAGAGCUCGUGCAGAAGAGGAGCGCAAAAGGGAGGAAGAGGAGAGGCAACAGCUGGCUCUAGAGGAGGAGGAAAGAAGAAAGAUGAAGGAAGAUAUGGAUAAGAGGAGAAUGGAGGCAGCAGAAAGGAUGAAGACUCUGAGUACAUCCAGCACAGAUGGAGAGGAGGUGUUUAGUCCCAUUACUCCCAAAGUUUCAACACCAAAGAUUGCAGAGAGAACCAAUUCCCUGAACCGUUCACUAAAGAAAAGUAACAGCUUCAAGAAGACUCAGCCUCUUCUCCUUCUGACGAAAAUUGAUGACAAGCUGGAGCAAUACACUCACGCUGUGGAGAACUCCCUGGAGUCCCGUGCAACAAAGUCAUCGCUUACUGAUCUACCCAGCUCCCCAGAGGUUGUUGCCACCAAAAAGAAUCUGUAUGAGGCUGGAGAGGCCUGGAAUACAAAAAAGGGGGUCCCAUCCAAGGAUACUGGCAGUCUGAAGGUGGGAGUGGCCAACCUCAUCACACAUUGGGUGAAAGGCCCCUCAGAAACCAGUAGUAAACAGUCAUCAUUUAGACCAGCUGAUGUAAAGUCUGGAGAUGUUCUCCAGAAGAAGCACCUGUGGGAAGUACUUGGAGACCCAUCACGGAAGACUGAACAAAAGCCAAAGGCAACAGCAGAUGGUACAAAGAGUAAAUUUGUUAUCACUGGUCAUGGAAAGUAUGAGAAGAUCUCUGUGGAUUAAUAUGGACAGCUUACCAAAAUAAUGGUCUGUGCUACAAUAAUUGCCAAGGUAUAAUUUCUUCUUCCAUUGCCUUUUCGAUCUCACAACAGCUUAUCUGAGGAGCUCUACCAAACUAUAGUCUGCUCUUUUUUUUUAACAAAGCUAAUGUGAUCUCUUCUGAAGAUAUCUAGGGAAUACAAUCCCAAAUGCUGCCCCCAAAUCAUGCAUAGCUCUAGAUUUCAGAUUUCAUUUAAAAAAGAAGUUUCCUUGUGAUAAGAAAUGCAAUAGGCUUCUGAAGGUGAUUUUAAUGGAAAAUUAAUCAUUGGUUCCUUUUAUCUAUGUUCAAAAGAAAAUAACAUUUUAGAAAUGUAAACUCUAAAAUAAAGAAUGGGAAAAUCAUUUUGGCUGGUACUGCAUUUACCCACAGAUUUCCAAUCAGAUUCAUGUUGGUAUUAUAACUGGACCACUAUAUCAUUAAUGAAAAUGAGACUUUGGUAAAAUUCAGAUUUUCAGAAAAUCAGCUGAGGUUGUUUUGAGUUUAACCAUACAUACUAGUGGUUAUACCCAACUAGAGCUUGAACCUCCUCAUUUUGUUUUGUUUUCUGUUCUAACAAUAAAGUGAUUAAAUGUGAGUUUUGUUUUUUUUCAGUUCAGGAUGAUCGUUUGUAAUGUGUAAGUUUGUAUCUGUACCGGUUUGUCUGUUAGUUUAGUGCAAAAUGUUCACAAUUUGCUUCAUCUACAAUAAAAAAAAACACACAUUGAUUUUAGACCUGUUUAGCACUUUACAGUGGAGAGCAAUCAAAA